UAGUUACCAAAAUGGCGGUUGUCUGCGGUCGAAAUCUGCGUUCUUUGUGUGGAGUUUUUCGAGCUUCUUUGGGCCUAAAUAAAAUUCCCCAAAACGGUUUGUCGAUGUCUUCAGCGAGAAAGUAUACAAAUGGAAGCGUAGCAGGUAUCAUUCCAUCUUCCACCAAAGCCUUACAGCAACAUCCUAUUUACAAAGUUCAAAAUCCAGGAUACUCAUUGCAACAGAAGCAAUUAUUCCAUGGUCACAGUUCUCUAACUGUUCCUAUUUUGUGGCAAGAACCAAGUCUAGCAAGGCAGUCAACAAUUGUGUUCUCAGCCAUAAGAAAUAAGCCUUAUCCUGACCUUGUGUUGAACAGCACAAGACUUUUUGCAACAGUUAACCAAUACCGUUGGAAAAAAGUAAGAACCAAGGCAGAUAUGCCAAAGAAACAUAUUCCAAAAUCAAAGCGAAUCCUUUUGGGUCCUCAAAGGAAAGGUGUCUGUAUCAGAGUCUUCGUAAGAAAACCUAAGAAACCAAACUCUGGCAACCGGAAGUGUGCUUUGGUAAAAUUGAGUAAUGGAAAAGUAAUCACAGCCUAUAUACCAGGCGAAGGAGCAGUGUUACAGGAACAUGCAGUGGUGUUGUUUGAGGGAGGCAGAGUUCAGGACUGUCCUGGAGUCCAAUAUAAAAUUAUAAGAGGGAAAUAUGACAUGAACUAAUAAAAAAAAAAGGCAUGCUUAGUAAGUAACCCUUUCACUCCUAAGAUUUGAUUGUCAAUCCCCCAUCUCUAGCUGCUAAAUGUGUCUUUGUAAAAUAUAUAUCUACCUGAUAGGUUUGAGUUUCCUCAUUACCUUUUUGCUGGAUAACGUAUUGGUUAGAGUUUAUAUGUUAAUCACAUCUGUGAUUUUAAGGGUUACCAUGAGAUGAACUAGUCUUUGAGUUGUACCUUUGGUGACUGAAUUGUGGUUCACAGUACAGUUGGAACCAAUGCCUGUUACCUGCAGGGUUUUAUGUGAUGAGGCUUGUUACAAUACCAUAUGACAGCAUAUGCUCUGCAAUUAUAAGGGAACUGAAUUUGUAUUAACGUUGAUUGACACACAUGUUGUAAUAAAGUUUUGAAAAAU